ACACUGCCUCUCCCCAUUGGGUCUCUCUAAGAGUCACAUGCUCUGGGCUUCCUUGAAAAGAAUUUUCUGAGGCCUCAGCAUCUCAUCUGAAUCUCCCGAAUUCCUCUUAGAACUGUGUUGAGCUCUCACCCAUCACAAUGAGCAACAAAUUCCUGGGCACCUGGAAACUUGUCUCUAGUGAGCACUUUGACGAUUAUAUGAAAGCUCUGGGUGUGGGGUUAGCCACCAGAAAACUGGGAAAUUUGGCCAAACCCAGUGUGAUCAUCAGCAAGAAAGGAGAUAUUAUAACUAUACGAACUGAAAGUACCUUUAAAAAUACAGAGGUCUCCUUCAAGCUAGGCCAGGAAUUUGAAGAAACCACAGCUGAUAAUAGAAAGGCCAAGAGCACCAUAACCCUGGAGAGAGGAUCACUGAAUCAAGUGCAGAGGUGGGAUGGCAAAGAGACAACCAUAAAGAGAAAGCUGGUGAAUGGGAAAAUGGUAGUGGAAUGUAAAAUGAAGGGUGUGGUGUGCACCAGAAUCUAUGAGAAGGUCUGAAAAAUUAUUUCCUCACUGAAGUGGUUUUUGAUCAUUUAAUAAUGGAAAUCAAUUACUUCCACUGGCAAAACCUGAAUACACUGAAACGUUUGUUUUUGCUUUUGUCUUUAUAUAUCAAAUAGGCAAAGGCCUAAACUGAGAAUUAAUCUAAAAUUCAAUGUUAUUUAAAGAUUUUUAAUGUGCAUGCAAGUCAUUAAUACAUUAAAGCAUAUAUAUUGAC